AUGGUUGUGUUCGAACCACUGGACGACCCUUUAAAGGUUCUGCCACUGCCUCUGAUGUUGCUGGCACUGCUCGGAGUGAACAAGAACCCGUCCGAACGGUUCCGUCUUUACGCCAUCUACGCCUACCUUUCCAUUGCGUUGUUCAUACCUAAACUCUGCCUAGGAUACGAAACCAUUCCUCAAUGCUUCCGAAGCAUCGCCGAGGGUAUGUUUUCGUUCAACACUACCAUCACCUUCAUUAUGUUGCCCCUAAAGAUGGACAACUUGGAAGGCUUGCUUAAAAAUCUAAAGCGUUUUACCGAAAUCGUUAUCCUCAAUGAAGACUACGAACAGAUCCUGAUUAGACUCAACACGGCAAUACAUAAGUUUACCAAGUAUUACUUCAUUUUUACAAAUGGGAUCGUCUUUGCCAUGACCAGCAGCACGAUUGCAGGAAUGUUCUAUACCUACUACACGAAAGAUUCGGAACGCUCCACAGCAUUUCCGCUCGUAUUUGAAAAUCGUCUCUACUUGAUAGACUCGCACUACAACCUUGGCCACUGUUUUGUACAUCAAGCUCUGAUGUUCUUUGCCCUCUACAUCCUGUUGGUAAUGUUCACCGCCAAGGCCGGUACGCUUUUCGGUUUGAUUCGCUUCUGUUCGACCGUGCUGGGAAUCAUUGUCCUCAAGAUCGAGCGUCUGUGCCAGAUCGGACCCGUUGACCAGUAUACUGCAGAGCUGAGUGAAAUUAUCGAACUUCACCAGCUGGUGAUCAAGUGUUCCCGCCAGCUGCAGAACAUUCUGAUGGAAAUCCUGUUGGCCCAAUUUACUGGCUGCGUGUUUAUAUGGUGCUUUAUGCUGUAUUAUGUUAUGAUAAGUGGAAUAACUGCUGAAGGUAUUGCCGUGGGAGCCAUGCUUAUCGCCUUAUCAACGGAAACGUUCAUCUUUUGCUUGUUGGGGAACGAGCUGACGUUGAAGGUAAGCAAUUUUGCUGUCUAUUACAAACUUAAUCAUUAUUGCAAAAUUGAACAGGGUCUUGAAAUUAGUACGGCUAUGUAUUCCACCAAUUGGUACGAUCAACCGGUCAAGCUACAGAAGAUGGUUGUACCAAUAAUACAGCAAAGCCAACAGCGAAUCGGUAUAACUGCGGCCAAGUUUUACUACAUCGAUUACAACAGAUACGGACAAGUACGGUGCUAAAUUUAAUAUUCUAGUUACAAUCCACUGCAAUAAUUACUGUCUUCUGACGUUGCAGAGCCUGAAAACCGCCUACUCUUUCUAUCUUCUGCUGAAGGACAUUUUCUAGACAGCAAUUAAUUAUUCACUAGAGCUUUCAGUUGGAUAGAUCGAACACACAGCACCGCGGCACGAAUGAGAAACCACCGUUGGGCAUAUUACCAACCAAGCACAUAGCUAACAAGUAGAUUUUCGUAAUCAAUACUUUUGAUUGCUUAUCAGCCAAUAUUUAAAUAUGCUUUUUGCUGUAUAACAAAUACGAUUGUAGCGUUUGAAUGCGAUCGAACGUUAAUAUGCACAUGUAGUUUAACUUAAUGACCAGUUUCAAAUAAACGUCACUGCGACGAUAUAUAGCCCAUUGGUGGUCACAACAACGACCUACUACAUCAUAUACCAAUCAGUGGACCAGCGAUGAGGUUCUUCUUAAUCGAAAAACCGCCCGGUGUGCCGCACAUUGCACUGAAGCUCCUAAGACUGGUUGGAGUUUCACAGACGCAAAGCGAAAGAUAUCGAUACGUGCCGAUGUUUGUGCUAUUUUUACUUACAAUAGCUAUACCGAAGAUUGCGUUUGGAUAUCCCAACUUUGAGACAUCUAUCAUCGGUUUGGCUGAGCUGUUCUUUCAAACGAAUCGUUUCGUUGGGGUAUUAUUGUUAGUGCUCUAUAGUGAUUCGAUUUUUGAGCUUGUGCGACAGUCAGAAUUCUUCGCGAAGAAAGGUAAGUCGAUUACCAUUUUUUGUUUUAGGACUUAUUACUAAUAGUAUGCCGAAUUUAAAGUUCUUAGCGAAACGUCUCCAGUUGCUGAAUAUCUUACCAAGAUGGACACCCAAGUCACCAAAAUCACUAAACUGUACCUUACCGCCCUUCUGGUACCGGCUAACUUCUACAGCUACUCCCCAAUUGUUGCGACCCUUUGGAAGUAUUACAACACAUACGAAAACGACACCGUCCCGGAGUUUACCCUACACAUGGAGGAAAGCUUCUACAGACUAAAUGUUCGGGAAAAGCUGGACCACUACCUGAUCUUUGGUGCCAUCAUGGUGCCAAUUUCGUUUCUUUGUGCUCUCGUCGGAACAGCCAAACUUGUGUCGAUUCUGAGCCUCAUCAAGUACUGCACCAUCUACUUCCAGCUGGUUAAGGUUAAACUAGAAGAGGUUGGCCGUUCUCAAAAUUAUGCUAGUGAUAUAAGAUCCGCUAUUCAAAUGCAUCAAAGUGCGCUCAGCUGUGCCGAUUUGCUACAUGAUAUCACCGCUCCCAUCAUGCUACUGCAGCUAGUGCUUUGUAUAAUGGUGUGGAGUUCAAUGCUGCUGUACUUCACCGUGGCGGUAAAAUGCAACAGAUUAAUACUUAUCUCACAGAUAUUUCAAUCUCCACUCACUUCAUCUCUCACAUCCAGGGAUUUAACACACAGUUUAUUAGUCUGUUUAUAUUGUUCAUGUUCGACACAACCGAAACGUUUGGAUAUUGCUACUUGGGUAAUCAACUUUCUGACGAGGUGAUUUAGCGGUUGAUCCAAUCGGCAAACAGGCUUCGACAUUAAUUCAUUAUUUCCUUUCAGAGUGCUCGUGUCGCCAGUGUUGUGUACGACUGCAGAUGGGAAGGUAUGCCUCCAGCUUUACGCAAAGACCUGCAGCUCAUAAUGCUACGUGCUCAACGGUCUGUUGGUAUUACUGCUGGCAAGUUUUGUUUUAUGAAUAUGGAACAGUUUGGUGAGGUAAGUGUCGCAAUCGUCUGCGAAAAUAUGGCAGAAAAUCGAUUAAUUAUGACACAAAAUCCAUUUGUUUAACGUUUCCCUAUUACAGGUCGUCAAGACAACGUAUUCAUUUUUCGUUGUCUUGAGGGAUCAAUUUUAAAAGCAAUAUUAAUAUUUAAUGCAAAGCAACCAUAAAUUAGAAAAGCUAAGUAAGAUAUUGAUAUACCCGAUGCCUUGUUAAUUACUAGUUCUAGUGUUAAUAAUUAAUACUGACACACAGUAGCAAAUACAGCGACAAGAAUCAAAAGAUAACGUUCACUAGCAAUUACACGCACAUGGUUAGAUAUAAAUUCCACGUACUCGAUUCUUUUUCACCACUGUAGUAUGCUCGAGGCCAUAAAUUAUUACAUUCAUAUUUUUACAUUGGAUAAAUUCAAGCUUCGCAUUCAAUCAGUACAAUACUUACAGAGAAAGUAUCUUGCUAGUAACAGCUCAUUAUUAGCGCAGGUUUUAGGCUCAUAACACCGUCAUUUUUUAUUGAAAAAUCAUCGUUUCCAAGCGUCCAUCACUAUUGUUCCGGAUGAACUUCCUCCGACAGGAGCAACCGGCUGGCAUGCCUCAUAUCUCCAUCAAGCUGCUCCGAGUGUUUGGCGUUACUGGCCGUCCAGAGGAACGCUUUCGCAUUCUGCCGGUUAUGAUGACCUACGUUUUCUGCAUAGUAGUGCCCAAGUGCUUCUACGGAUACCCCAAUCAGGAGAUAGCCAUCAUUGGCAUAGCCGAGCUGUUUUUCUUAACCAACUCGUUUUGUGGAAUGUUUCUGUUGUUUCUGAACAGACAUAAGCUAGCUGAAUUUAUUAGACAUGUACGAACUUUUUCUCUAACGGGUAAGUUUAUGGAUAGCAAAAAGAAAUAGUAAUAUAAUUGAUACAGUGAUAAUUGAUACAGUUCUCCAAGAGUCACCUCCCGCGGUGGUCCAGCAUUUGACGACCCAGCACGACUUCAUCCACAAGAUAACCCGAAUCUAUUGCAUCGUAGUGAUGUUUGCAGCCCAUUUCUACGUGCUAACUCCCUUUCUCUCAACCCUCUACGCGUUCUACGGUACGGUACGGAACGAAAACGCAACAAUGCACUUUGCACUGCAAAUUGAGGAAAACUUCUAUGGACUUCAGACUCGCACGACGACUUCGCACUACUUGCUCUUCGGCAUGAUCAUGACGCCUACCGUCUAUCUCUGCGCAUUCACCGGCACGGUGAAAACUGUGACCAUCUGUGACACUACCAUCCAUUGUAUCCUUUACUUUCAACUGGUACAACUAAAGCUACGGAUCGUGACGCAGGACAACACGUUCCGCCAGGAGUUGAAGACGGUUGUGAAGAUGCAUCAGGAUGCACUUAACUGUGCAAGCCUGCUUGAAUCUAUCACGUCACUGGUGCUGUUGCUCCAGCUGAUUCUAUGCGUAUUGAUCUGGAGCUCAAUGCUCCUUUACUUCACCGUGUCAGUAAGUGAUGAUCUCAUCUAAUACAAACCCUUUAAAUCUGACACAUUUUGAGUUUUCGAUUGCAGGGAUUCGAUCUAAAUUUUAUUAGCCUGAUUGUCCUGUUCGUGUUCGAUACAACGGAAACCUUUGCCUACUGUUAUCUUGGGGAACUGCUAUCGUACGAGGUAAGUUUUUUUUAUGCCAAUAUGAUGGAGAUUCUUAAGUUCUCUCUUUCUAUUGAUCUUUUCAUUCUGUUCAGAGUGCUCGUAUAGCACACAUCGUUUACAAAAGCGGCUGGGAGCAACAAAACACGUACGUACAAAAAGAUCUUCAGCUAAUUAUCGCGCGCGCACAAAGGCCUGUUGGCAUUACCGCUGGCAAAUUUUGCUACAUGAACAUGGUACAACUUGGCAUUGUAAGUUGUGGUGAUAUCUCUUCUAAAAGCUGACGCACUGAACGUUGUCUCUAAUGUUCAUUUGCAGAUAGUGAAAACUACCUACUCUUUCUUUGUUAUAUUGAGGGAUCUGAUUUAACUUCGUAUGUUUACGCUCUGCAAUUGUAUCGAUUUUGAAUCACAUGUACUAGUGUUAGUGUGGUGUAUGGUGUCGAAGAAACAAUAUUAAUAGCGCUAAUCAAAUAUUUACUAUUGACACGCUGCAGCAAAAUCGACAACAAGAAAUAAAGCACAACACUCACAGGAGAUCGAUCACAAAGUUUACUGUAAAAUGCUCGAGCCUUCAUUCCUGUUCAAUGCUGCAGUGUGUUUGUGGUCAUACAUUAUUACAUUCAACCUAUGCUCCUCAAUUAAAGCCACACAUUGAACUUUUUAUUCACACGAAUCCAAUUAUAAGAGUAUUAUAUAGAAAUGUGCCAACCAGUUGACACCUCAUUGUAAGAAAAGAUUUCAGCCUCGCAACACUGACAUCGACUACUAGCGUCCACCACUAUUACUCCAGAUGAAUUUCCUCCGACAGGAGCAACCGGCUGGGAUGCCUCAUAUCUCCAUCAAGCUGCUUCAACUGUUUGGCGUUACCGGCCCACCAGAGGAACGCUUUCGUAUCCUGCCGGUUAUGCUGGCCUACUUUUUCUUCAUAGUAGUGCCCAAGUGCUUCUUCGGAUAUCCCGACCUUGAGAUAACAAUCAUUGGCACCGCUGAGCUGAUUUUCCAAUCCAAUACUUUUUGUGGAAUGUUUUGGUUGUUUCUGAACAGACACAAGCUAGCACAGUUCAUUACACAAGUACGAAAUUUUUCUCUAACGGGUAAGUUUAUGGAUGUAAGGAUAAAACUGUAAAAUAAUUGAGUCUCCUUCACAUCACACAGUUUUCCGAGAGUCACCUCUAGCGGUGGUCCAGCAUUUAACGACCCAGCACGACUUCAUCCACAAGAUAACCAGAAUCUAUUGCAUCGUAGUGAUGUUUGCAGCCCACUUCUACGUGCUAACUCCAUUGCUCUCAACGUUCUACGCGUUCUACGGUAUGGUACGGAACGAUAACGCAACCAUGCACUACACGCUGCAAAUGGAGGAAAACUUCUACGGACUACAGACUCGCACGACGACUUCGCACUACCUGCUCUUCGGCAUGAUCAUGACGCCCACCAUUUAUCUCUGCGCCUUCACCGGUACGGUAAAGAUUCUGAGCAUCUGUAACAUUACCAUGUAUUGUACCCUCUACUUUCAACUGGUACAACUGAAGCUGCGAACCGUUACGGAGGACAACACGUUCUGUCAGGAGGUGAAGUCGAUUGUCGUAAUGCAUCAGGAUGCGCUUAACUGUGCAAGCCUGGUAGAAUCUAUCACGUCACUAGUGCUAUUACAGCAACUGGUCCUAUGCGUAAUGAUCUGGAGCUCAAUGCUGCUUUACUUCACCGUAUCGGUACCUAUGAAACUCAUCGUAGGCGUGUAUCAACUUUUAUCAAAACUGACUCUAAGCUUUCGAUUACAGGGAUUCGAUUUGAACUUUAUUAACCUUCUCGUCCUUUUCGUUUUUGAUACAACAGAAACCAUUGCUUACUGCUAUUUUGGAGAGCAGCUAUCGAACGAGGUAAGUGAUCCAUCGUCAUGUCACUAAGAAAGAGACGUUCAAGAUUUUUUGAACGGUUUUUUUUCUGUUCAGAGUGCUCGUGUGGCACAUACCGUUUACGAAAGUGGAUGGGAAACUCAAACUCCCGACAUACAGAAAGAUCUUCAGCUAAUUA